GCGGGCCGUUGACGGGGGAGGACGGCCCGAACGAGAGGCCCGAUGCCGAUAGCGCCGCGCGCGCUCCAGUUUGAUGCCUUGGGAAAGCGGAGGACGCCCGAUGGCUUGCUACUCGGGAGUAUUUGCGAUUUCGUUUCGAAAAGUAAACUCCGGGCAGAAAAAUAGACUUAGGGCUAAUUCGAACUGUAGUCGGUCGUCGGGCGUCCGUCCGAUACCCGGGAUCGGGCGUUGGGGGUUCCCGAAGAGUUUCGUUUACUCGACUUCGGCUACGUCCCUCUGCGGGUGGGCACCGACGGCGAUUUAAAGUCUCUCCUCCAUUCGGCUUGCCAGAUAAUUUCCGGAAUGGAAAACGGAAAUUCACUUCCGAGAUAUUCCUUUAGGGAAGUCGCCGGAUUCUUCCGUUUCCGUAGAAACUUCGGCCUUCGCGUCCGUUGAAGAAUCGGAAGGUUUCGUCUUCGGGAUGGCUUAUUUCACCCUUGGGUAAAGGUGUCGAGUGCAUCCCGGGGUUCGUCCGCCGUCGACGGUCUUCGGGAGCCCUCCCGUCCUUAAACUUUCUUCGACCGACUCGCGGGUUCGCUCGACUUCUUGCGCCGAGUAUUUAAAUACGAAGUUUGUUCGGCCAAUGGCGAGACGCCAUUCGAUUUCGUCACUCCGAGCCGAGAUUCGAGGAAAGACCCGUCGCCGACCAAUUUGUAACGUACGCGAAACUGACGAAGCGUUCCGUGUCGUAUGGGCGGGUUGGCCACGUUACGCAUCAGAAAAACCACGUAUAAUCGUAUACCUUGUGGCCCGUUUUCCUCGUCCAUUACGUUAAUUUCGCUCGCAACAUAAAGCCUUUUCGGGAAGCUCCGACAGACGCCGAGAGUGUCGUCGGCCACGCGCUUCGCGCCGUCAGACGGUAUGGGUCCGGCGGGAUUUUUCCUUAAUUAAAGACGCCGGCCUCGGGCAUCCGACCGACCUCCUCCCGGCGAUUUUCGGGCGGCGCCGGCGGGAACGCCCGACCUUCGAACUCGGACCUUCGCCCGCGGGCCGAAAGUCCGUUCGCGCGUUAGUGUCUCGCGCCGAUCAGUUCGUCGCUAGGUCGUUGCGACCCUCGUAUUUAUAGAUUAGAAAUUUAAUAAAAAUAAUUCUAUCGUCGUUUAAAAUCAAACCACGCGAAUUAUCUCUAGUAUCGUCAUUAUUUUUACCACCGAGCGGAAGAGCCGAUACGCGGAGGUGGCUUAAAACGCUAAGCCAACUCCACGUAUCGGUACGCGUCGCCGCCACGCGCGCUUGUUUUCUAAAUAUACCAAAAAGCCAGACGUAACGUAAAUAGUGGACGAGGAAAAGACGUUUGUAACUCGAGUCCCCCGACCCGUUGCUCGUCGUUGCAUUUUACCUCGGGGCCGGAUCCUCGCGUCCUCGUUACGCGCACGUAAAAAUGUUUCCGUUUUCUACUACCGAUCGAAUUUCGACGCUUUAAAGUAUUGGAUAAACCGUCGUCGGAUUGCCGUCGCCGUCGUCGUAAUUUGUUCUCCUUCCCCCACCGUUUCGCUCUUAAAUCCUAUCUCUCGACUAUAAACGUUCUUCGGCUUCUCCCCGAAUCGUACUUUGACGAUCGACGUCGAGACUUCUAUUUAAAAUUGGCGAACAAUGAGUAUGGGUUAAAAUAACCGGCGUCGUCCUCCAAUUGCGUAUGUUAACGAAGGGCGAGACGAAAUUUUUUGUUUUCGUUUGCGUGUUUAAAUAGCGUCAUUUAUUAGACUGAUGCAGAGACUAGUUUAAAACAAUUAGGCUAUAAUAAACAACGGAGAACAAACGAAACAAAAAUUUCUUCCAUAUCGUCGGUUAUUUCAACGUAAUUUGUGAAGUUUCUAUCGUUUUUCGGUGUUAUUUGUGUGUUAAGGAAUUCGAAAAAUGCAUUAUUAAUAGGCGUCGGCUUUUAAAAAUCGACGAAAUUUUGAAUAUUUAAACGAUCGUGGUUUUUUACGCUUCCGUCGUUGGUGUCGUUUCGUUCUUUACGACGAAAUAUCAAGUGUAAGAAAUUAUUAUAAUGAAAAAAAGACAUUCCUUAGCUUAUUAACGCCAACGAAUAGUUACGCGUGAAUUUAAGCGAAUCGUUACGCCCGAUCUAUAAUUGAAUAAGUUAAAGUGUUUGGCUAAUUACAAUGCACCGUCUAGAAACUGUCACCAAAUUUUUCGGUUUAUUUAUUUAUUUAUUUUUGCUUUUACCGUCGUGGACAUCUGCUUUUCUCCUAACAAAGAAUCCGAAUGAAAAGAUUGUGCCUGUUUGUAGCAUUCUUUUCUCUUUUAUCCCCUUUUUCUUUCUCGUUUACGAAUCUGUUCGUUGUUUCGAAAUAAUUUAUGAUUUCCGUUAUCCGAAGUUCAUCGGUUCGCGCCGCGCUGGCAUCCGACGCCGUGUCGUGCCGCGUAGCGUGGAAAACUGUUUUGUUCUGUCUGGGCACGUGGUCUGAGAUUCUCGGACGCGUGUUCCGCCGACGAAAAUCUGCCAGAAAAGACAGCGUCGGCGUCAGGACUUCCACUCCUCGAGGAUUCGGCGCGCCGGCGGGAGGUCGGCGCCGCUCGGUACGGGGUCUGGAUCCGGGCGGGAGUCAUCUGCGCCGAAAUAGAAAAAGGGGAAGUCUCCCGCGAUGCCUUCCUACCGCGGGCGACGGACGUUCGGACCUCGACUUUUUCUCCGGAAACGAGAAAAUGAACGACGGAAAUAGCAUCGGCUGACAGUGGCGAGUUCAUGGCAAACCUCUUCCGGUGGCUCCCGGGCCCCCUGUUGGCGGCCGCUCUCUUCUGUUUAUGGCCGAGAAGAUCGGAAUCCGUUCUUCCGGAAGGAGAUUUCCGCGUCAUUUCGUAUUCGGAUUUACAGAAAAGUAUGGAUCGGUUUAGUCGAACCGGUGUAUCCGCUUAUACAGAACUGUUAUUUGACAUUCCUCAUUAUCAAUUAAUCGUAGGAGCGAGGGACAAUUUAUUUCGACUUACAUUGGAAACUUUAGAAAAAUUGGAAGAAACUUAUUGGCCCUCGCCUGAAAAUACAAUUUUAAUGUGCAUACAGAAAGGUCAAACGAAGGAAGAUUGUAAAAAUUUUAUUAGAGUUUUAACGUCUUAUAAUGGAAAAAUAUUCACGUGUGGAACUAAUGCUUUUUCACCGAAAUGCUCGUGGAGAGAUAUUAACUCUUUAAAUACCGUAAUAGAAUGGGUGUCUGGCGUCGCGAAAUGUCCUUACAGUCCUCAUCAUAAUAGCACUGCGUUAAUGACUGUUCAAGGAGAUUAUUAUAUCGCUUCUGCCGUCGAUUUUUCUGCUCAAGAUCAUGCCAUUUAUCGUAUUAUGGGCAAAGGACCAAUUUUACGAACCGUUCAGUAUGAUCCAAAAUGGUUAAAUGAACCUCAUUUUGUUGCAUCUUAUGAGAUUGAAAAUUAUGUUUACUUUUUCUUCCGUGAAACUGCAGUAGAAUUUAUUAAUUGUGGAAAGACCAUUUAUUCUAGAAUUGCAAGGAUAUGUAAAAAUGAUCAAGGUGGACAGUUUAUUUUGAAAGAUAAUUGGACCACAUUCCUUAAAGCACGUCUUAAUUGUUCAAUUCCUGGACAAUAUCCAUUUUAUUACAAUGAAAUACAGAGUGUUUACUAUUUAGAAAAAGAACAAAUGAUCUAUGCAACAUUUUCAACAAAUGAAAACAGUAUAUAUGGUUCUGCCAUUUGUUCAUACAAUUUGACAGCAAUUCACAGAUCAUUUAAUGGUCCUUUUAAGUAUCAAAGUAAUCCUAUGUCAUCUUGGGAAAAACAAACUAAUGCUCAAAAACAUUUUCAGUGUGAAACAUUUGUUGAUUCGCAAGCUUUGAUAGAUUCUGAAAAAUAUCAACUCAUGGAUAAUGCAGUUCAACCAAGUACAUUUUAUCCAAUAUAUAACAUUGAAUUAGAUAGAUUAAGUCACAUGGUUGUAGAUGUUGUCCCUACUAAAAAUGAUGAUGGAAUUCAUGUUAUAUUUGUUGUAAAUGUUGAUGGACUUUUGAGAAAAUUAGCUCUUUCACCUUUGUCAAAAACUGCCUGUUUAAUAGAAGAAAUUCAUUUGUUUCCAUCUAACUCAUCAUUUAAAAUACAUACAAUGAAGUUAUUAAAAGAUACGAAUUCUAUUUAUUUGGGAACAAGUGAAGCUGUAUUUAGAAUAUCACUUCAUCGAUGUGAUAGAUUUAAGUCAAAAAAUGAAUGUUUAAGUGCUAUGGAUCCAUACUGUGGUUGGAAUGAACAUCAGUUAUCUUGUACUGUAGCACCUCAUAGAAAUCCAAAAGUUUCUUUUUGGAUUCAAAAUUCAAUUGAAUGUCCACGGACAGACAGACCAGUUGAUGGAAAUUGGGGACCUUGGUCAGCAUGGUAUGAAUGUGCUCAAGUAGGAUCAAAUAGUCCAGGAGAUAUGUGUUUCUGUCAACAGCGCUCUUGUAACAAUCCUUCUCCAUCUAAUGGAGGAAAACCUUGCACUGGAAUAAAAUUUCAAGUCACAAACUGUACUCAAAAUGGACAAUGGUCAGAUUGGUCAGCAUGGUCGUCUUGUAGUCAAACAUGUGGAAAUGCUGUAAAAACUCGUAAAAGAACUUGUGGUAAUCCUGCUCCUGCUUAUGGUGGUCGUGUGUGUAUAGGUACAGAUAGAGAAGAAUUGUAUUGCAAUAAUCCUUCUUGUCCAGAACCAAGUCCAUCACCAAUUGAUGGCCAAUGGUCUGAAUGGAGCAGUUGGGAAGAAUGUAAUGUUCCCUGUGGUGGAGGUAUUCAGUCUCGCCAACGAAACUGCAAUAAUCCUUUCCCACAGUAUGGAGGUCGAGAGUGUUUAGGCUGUAAUCAAGAAUAUCGUCACUGCAACACACAUGAAUGCCCUGAAGUUAGAAAAGUAACUAAUUGGACACCCUGGUUAAAAUUAAAUAUUACAAGAGAUGGUUAUUUUGAACAAAGAUUUCGUUUUCCUUGUCGAUGUAAUGUUCCCAAUUCAAAUGAUGUGAGGAUUGGUCAUAUGAAAAAAGAAGAAAGAUUUUGUGUGGAAGGAGGCUCAAGCUGUCUGGAUGCAGCUUUUGCUAAUAUUGAUGGAGAUUGGUCAGAAUGGUCAUCAUGGUCAGAAUGUUCUGCAUCUUGCAAUGGAGGAAUUCAAUAUCGAGAAAGAACAUGUGAUAAUCCAGUUCCUUCAGGUACUGGUCAUGAAUGCAAAGAUAUUUCAAAAAUGGAAAGAGAAUGCAAUAAAAUAUCAUGUGAAGCUUUAGCAGGUUGGGAAGAAUGGUCUGGCUGGUCAAUAUGUGAUGAGAAAAAGGAACAGUACAGAGAAAGAAAAUGUAAAUAUACUGCAGAAAAUCCUAAUCAGUGUCAAGGUCUGAAUAAAGAAAUUCGAAUUUGUAUUUUGGGACAAAUUGGAAUGAGUCGGACUUCAUCGUCAGGUGGAGGUGUAAACCCCGGUUACGUAGCUACUGCCGGCGUAUGUUGUUUCAUCGCUGGAUGUCUGGCCGGAGCGGCAGCCGUUUAUUUAUUUCUAAAGCGUCGUAACUCCGAACCGCGUACCACUUUGGGCAAUUUGGCCAAAUCUCGGGUGGAAAACAUCUACGUAGACGAACGUGUCAACAACUUCAACGCCAACGGAUCCAACGGGAAAAAUAAUCAACAAGCAACGAUUAAACGACAGAAGUCUCUCAGGACCAACUUUCAAGAUAAUAAUUUUUAAAUACCGAAAAAGAACGGAAAGUUCCCGAGUGACCGAGUUCCCUCCCAGUUAUUUAGUCGAGACUUGGCUACGUUCGGUGCUCUAAAUAACGCGAAAGAGAUCGGAGUCGCGGUCGGAAUGCGCGGAGGAGUGUUUAAAGAAGAAACUAUUAUCAAGAAAGUACAAAUAAGUGGAAAAGUCGGGAAAAGCGUCGACUACAGUUUUGUGAUUUGAGAAUCGACUUAAGAAAAUUUGCUCAGCACAGUUUUUAUUCGUCGACGGGACCAUUUUUAGUCGCGGCUUCGAUAGUCAUCCGUCCAAAAAGUUUCUUUAAUACGCGCCCACUUUCUAUCCGAAAUGUAAAUACGGUACGCGAUUCUAAGUCGAAAUAAUCGGCACAAACAAAAUAUCGGUCUGCGCUUCGUAUUUUCUUAUUCCAGGCUAGAAAUUUAUUUUUCUAAGCAAGAAAAUAUUUUUUAAAAUCUAUAUUAUAAAUUUCCGGCCGUGUUACGAAAGUCUAAUUCUAUAAUAAAAUAUAUAAAAUUUAUAUUUCCGAGAUUCGCGCCGCUUCUGGUCGUAACGACGUCGUCAUUUGAAUAAAAGUUAAGCUAUUUUAAUUAAUAAAACGACGAGGGCAAAUACUAAUUUCGAAAAUUUUUCGCUUUGGCCUUGUAAAUAGUUUUAUACGGUGCCAAAGAAUAUUUUAAAAAUUCCGUUUUUUUAACCAAUGUACAGUUUUUGUAAUUUUUAUCUUUUGUCGUAAUUUAUCGUUUUCGCUAAUUACGAAACGGAACUUCCUCUGUACCCGGAUAGAAAUGAACUUCAUACUUUCGUCUUCUGUAUUUGUGUGUCUACCUUUUUAAAAUUUUGUUCUAACUUUCGAAAUUUUCUUAAUAAAUUUUAUCUUAUUAGCC